CGUUUAUAAAGAAAGCAAGCAGGACUCCAGGAUGGCCGUGACUAUCGAACGCUACCGAUAUUUAGACUUGCUUCCUUGCUCCGGAUUGGAGUGCAAGUUUUUCGGCGUUAGUCCUGCGAUGGAGGCCACUACCGCCCGAGACGGCUCCCAGAAAGCGGACGCUGCCGUCCACGACGUAUCGAUGCCUGAUACCCAGCAAAUGAUCAAGUUCAAUCCGGAAGCGGAAUGCACGACACCGGAGUAUUUGGCUCCCCUUUCUGUUCUCCAAUUGAUGAAGUUUACGUCACCACGAGGGCCCACGCGAGACCCUCUGGUGGACGUGGACGAACUAUUGGCGGUAUUGCGGAGAAUCGAACUUCCUAGCAUGAGUGACAACAAAAAAAGAGGCCAAGAUCAACUCGGAUUAGACACGUCUUCUGCUUCAAACUUGUUUAUGAGUAGGAGACGAAAAGUGGCCAACCUUUAACCAAUGA